GUAGAUAGAAAAAAAAAUGUACCUAUAAGAAGCUUUUGGAUUAAAAUUCAUCAUUUUUAUAUGAUCACUGUACUGGUUAGCUAAGUUAAACUCAAUAAAAUGCUAGAAGAAGGCUGCUAGAAGAAUAAAAAUCUGUCAAAAGUGUAUUGAAAUUAGACUGAAAUCAGAAUUGAAAGCAGUAAAAUGUCACUUGAAUUCUAAAUUUUGGUAAAAAUUUCCGUUUUUUGAGCCAGUAGAAAAAGGAGUUUAGAGAAAAAUUCAUAUAAAAUACAAAUCCUUCGGGAAAUGCCUGUUCCUACUUGUCAAAACUGGCACAGCGUUUAUCGACCUGACUGCUACUCCUCAACUCGCCUGAUGAAGAUGACCGUAAGUAACGAGCAUAUACCCAUAAGUGUUGAGUGGAUCUGAUGGUAAAGCGAUGGAAGGUGGUGAGGGCAUGGUGGCGGUGGUGCGCGGACUGAAGGACGCUGGUCUCGCUGUCACGUUGCUAGAUUCUGGGCGACAGUAUACUCUCCUGCCUGACGCUGUACUGCAUCCCGACGCACCGCAAGUGAACUUAGACCACCAGGAAGCGUACCGAUACGCUGGUCACCAGACUUCAUCCCAGUACGGGGUUCACCAGAACUCACCCCAGUACGCGAGUCACCAGGCAGCGGCCCAGUACGGAAGCCAUCAAGCAGCGUACCAGUACGAACCUGACCGUGACGUGUCGACACGAGAGAGCGGAGUACAGGCGACAGAUGGACGAUAUGCUAGCACUUAUAGGAUGAUGCAUUGCCACAUGACUCCAACCUCCCCUCCAGAGCUGGUGACAGAGUUCCCCCCACAGAAGGCUGAGCUUUGUCCCGGUCGUGAAAACUUCCAAAUUGGAGGAGUGGGUAGUGGUGAGACUUAUUGUCUGGCUACAAAAUGCGACAGUUUUAGAGGUGGCAUGUGCUGGUCUGACAGAGGUUCAGUAUUCUCUCCAAAGGCCUCCACUCAGCCUGAUUCCUUCACCAACUCCUUACGAAAAUAUCCAAAUAUAUCCCAAGACCGUUCAUCUGAGAUCGUGGAAAGACUCAUCUGUUAUACACAAGCUAAACAUUCGGCCAUUAAACAAAGGUCCAACGUGUCACCAACCCGCAAUAUGGACUCAGACAUGUCCAAUCAGACCAUCAACAUGGAUGUUCCAUCCAGGAACAUAACUAGCCCAAAAUAUCCUCGCCAGUUAUAUGAACCUGAUGUUAGGAGUAAAAGGUUACAAGAGUCCCCAACUCGAGAAAGAUCUAGAAGAGGUCCAGUAGACCAAGAAACCCUGGAGGCUUGGAGAAGGUCAACAUUCUGCCGGACAAAUGACGUCCGUUGCCUUCGGGAUGUGUCCAGGAAAGUCCGGGAUGGGAUACGUACCUUGUCUCAUCAAUCAAAUUGUCAACCUGAGAAACUAAACAGUACAAGGGAGAGAUGUGAACCGCACAUGAUUGACAAAGGAUUAGAAGCACAAUCGAACACAAAUUCGGUGAAUAUGGAAAUACAAGUGGCGGUACAAAUGGUGUCGAGAGAAGUAGUCACUGUACCAAUACCUGUGCCUUCGCAGAGAACUAUAGCAGUACCCCUCACGCCGUCUCCAUCUCGCGCUGAACCAGAUUCAGAAGUAUCGAAGCUUCCAUCAGAACUGACAGUGGUACUACAAACAGAUUUUGAUCGCCAAGAAAUAUCUACCACGAAACCUAGUAGAGAAUUCAAACCAGCCAUAAGCGCUAUAGAACUGAGCGAUAGUAAACUAAAACAGUAUAAAGGAAGCAAGUCACAGGACGAGAUAAAAACGAUUCAAAACGAGUUAUUAAUAAUACAAGAUUUACAUUUAGGACCCUGCUGCUCCAAAUUCCAUAGAAAAUCACACAGUAGAAUUAAUAAAAGCAAUAAGUUUUUAAUAAAAUUCGCGAAAAAUCCCGAAAGUGUGUCUAAACAUGGCGGUAAAUUAUAUGAGCAUAAAUGCAGUCGGUUAACUAACAAUUCAAAAGAGUUAAAAAGAUUUCAAUCUUACGCUAGAAUUUAUAAUGCUAAAGUUACACCGUAUAAAACUUCAGAUGAAAAUGAUUUGGCUGAUAUAUUAGAUGAUUGGUUAGAUUUGAUCCCUCUUAAACCAAAAGAAUCUUGUGGCAGAAAAUUUGACAAGGAAUUCAUUUUUUACGACUUUUUUGAUUGCUUAAAAUACUAUGUUAGCAAGCCUCUUGAAUCAAAUAGAAAAUACAAACUGAAAACAGACAUUUUAGAUAAAUUGGAUACUCUGCCUACUGAAAUCAAAGGAAACAGAAGAGCUGUUUUAAGCAGAUUAGCGGAUAUAUUGAUAAAUAAAGUGAAACACAUUGGUUGCAAGAAGUCAGCCAGAAGUACAGAUAGCAGUAGAAGAGAAUUAGAAGAAUUUAAAGAAAUUUGUAGCUCUAUUUCUGUAGGAUAUGUGCCACCAACUGAGAGUGAACUCAAAAUCUUUAUAUCAUCCGAACUUAUCUUGUAUUUAGAAAAGACCUGUUUGAAAAUGAAUCGACACAAAAUCAAAGAUUUAGAAAAUGAUUUACUGGAUUGUCUUAUGAUAUCAAUAGAGGAAAUAAGAUUUGGUUGCAACAGACGCGUUAGAAAAAGCGUUUUCAAAAUUUUGAGAGACCAUGGAUUUUCAGAAUGCCAAUCUACACUUUUUGCAAAUCUUUUGAUAACUAAUUUAGAACAAUCAUUUAUUAACGACGCUGUACCGUCAAGAAUACGAUCUGAAACAUUAAUUGUACUUCCAAAUAUACAACACGUCGCACGUUCCCGAAAAUCUACGGCACAUAACUCAAAAGUUAGCAUAGAGAGUAAAAAAAAUAAGAAUAAUAUUGCUCUAGAUAGGUAUACUAAUGAAUUAUGUAGGCAAAUAGAUGAAUGGCUUUCAAGUUUAAAGUUACAAAUUCCAGAAAAUAGAGAGAACGAAUUAAGGCAAGUUAUAAUAAACGAUUUAGCUGGAGAUAUAAUGGAUAGACACAAGUAUUUAGAGUUAAAUCCUACAAGUAGAGGAUCUGACGAAACAGAGCUUGAACAUUUACGGUACCAAAUAUAUAAAUGGAUUAGUAAACUUGUGGGGGAAGAUAAUUUAAUACCUAAAGACCAUGCUCCAGAAUUGAUGACCCGAAUUCGAGGACUACCUAUGUUUUCAAACUGUCACGAUAAUAGUAAUUCAUACCAUGCUUCUAAUCAAGGUGACGAUGUAGGUAAAAAACCUUUUUUAAGUGGUUCUUCGAGAAGCGAUAAUAAUAUUAAAUUGAACAAGUCCUCACCAGGAAUAAAACAUGAACCUGAUUUUAUAGAGCGAAACAAAAAUGAAAAGAUUCCAUUAGGUGUAUCUGUUUCAACUAGCUCGAGAGAUAUUAAUGUUAUGACCAUGUCUAUUGGAUCUCCCAAUUUAACUUUCAGGGAAUCUUAUAACAAGAUUAGAUGUAAUCAAAAUUCAAAAGCAGUCUGCUGUAUUGAUUUGAAGAAUUCAAGUCAAAGUAUGAAAUCUGUUGAACAACUCGAGGCUGAAUAUCAGCAAUUCGUAAAAGAUUGGGUGCAGAAAGUACCUAUAAAAACGAUUAGUCCUGACCAAGCACCUGUAGUGGAGAGAGCUAGAGUUGAAUUACACAAUAGUCUGUGGAAAAUUGUGUCCAAGUUAAACUGUGAUCCUGCCACUUAUUACAAUUGUUUCUUUUACGAAGAUCUUUUAGAUGACGCGAUUGAGGAUUUAUUGGAUUGUUUACCGCAAACUCAAGAGAUGAAAUCUGUAAGACUCUCGCUCAAAGUAGAGUUUAUUGAGAAAACUGUUAAUCUUUACGACCAUAUACGGGCACAUGAGGAUGCUUCCUUUAAAAAUAAACUAGUAAAAAAUGUCAUCACAAACCUACGCACACAUGGCAUAAUAGACAAUGAGCGUGAGGAAUCUAUAAAACAGCACGAAGAUCUUCAAAUAAUAAAACUAGUUGAGGAAUAUCUACUUUAUACUAGAUUUAAAAAUGAUAAUAAGUUGAUUUCUGACGUGUUCAAGAAAAAAUUGACACGCGAAAUCGGAAAUUUUGUCGAAGACUUGAAAAAGAAUCAUGACAAAGAAUUUAGAAACGUUGAUACCUCUUCUUAUAAAUCGGAACUUAUGAAUGCGUUAGAAAAAGUACCUCUGCCAAAUGAAAGAACUAUAAAAGAAGAAGCUGAUGAUAUACUUCUGGGAUUGGAAGUAGAACAGUGGUACACAGAUUUGCCUGUUGUUCCAAAUGAGGACUCAAUCAACACAUAUCACACAAAAAUGCAAUUGGAUAUGCUGACAAUGAAAAUCAAAGAAAUAGAGAACAGUUCAAGCACAGAUGAUUCAGAAACUGUUCUUAGAAAUGAAAUAACAAAGUUUCUCGAAAAAACGCCACUCAAAGAAGGUCAAAGGUUGAACUUAAACUUUAUGGUAGACGAAUUAAUAAACAGAGUAAAAAAUAUGCAGAAACAAGACAAAGGUCCGAAUAAUAAAAAAGUAAUAUUUCAGGCUCCUGACUCUUAUGAUGAAUUUGGUAAGAAUAUUCCUUUUGCCUCGAGUUAUAUCGAGACAUCUCCGUCAUACCAAAAUCGUCUUUUUGAAAACAAUUUAAGUAACAAUAAAGCUCAACGUUUAUCAUCCAACGGUCAUGACUUGAAUAUUAUAACAGAAACACCUACGUACCAGCCACAUGAUAUUGUUGAACCAUCUAGUUACAGAAGAUCUUCAGAAGAAAGUCCAACCAGUUCAAGCUUUAAAGAAUCAGCUGAUCAAUGGCAUUCAUUAAAAGACAGUCAGAUUCACACUCCAAGGCAGAAUAUAAUUAACAAUACACAACGUUAUUCUAUUCCUACUUCAUCUUAUGCGCCACGGGAAUAUCAACGAGAUAGAUCACUUAAUGGAGUACAAAGUAAGUCAAUAAAUCAAAAUUGCCAUCCAAAUAUUAAUCAUCAACGAGUAGAUAUAUUAGGAAAUUCUCAAACGCAGCCAUCUUUUUUGAAUAAAGACCCAAGAAUGAGUUCGCUUGAAGAGCCUUCAAGUUUCCAAUACAAUCCUCAAACAAGUGAAGGAAUAGGAAUCAGUCAAGUAGCUGGACCAAGUGGAUAUAGAACAGGCCAAUUUGAAUUGCCACAAGCAUAUCCCCCAAGCUCUCACCAAAUUCCAAAUGCAGCAAUGUAUUCUACUGAUGAUCAUAGAAGUAGCAUAGCUAAUCAAUCGGGUAUUCUAAUUAAACAAACUCAAGAAGAUAGAGAAAAAGAUCAAGCUAAUAAAUCCUCAAUAGGAUGCCAAUCCUUUAGAAAUGAUGGUAUCGAAAAAUCUCGUGAAGAUUUUAAAAACAAAAUCGAUAAAACGUUUGAUACAACAAAGCGUUUGAGUGUGGCUACAUCAACAGGUCAAAUAUCUGAUAUACAAUUCACAGCACCGAAACCUAGUGUUAAUAAAAGACGUCCUAAAUGGGCUAUGACAGAAAAAGAAGGUGUAAAACGACGGUCCACUGAAACUGAUGAUGAAGAUGACGAUUAUCAUUGCCGUUGUAUUGAGAGAUAUUGGAAGUGUAGACGAAGACCUAAGUAUUUGUCAAGCGAAGAUUUUGAUGACUAUCCACCAUGUUUUCCUAUAUUUUUUCCGUACCCAUGUUUUCUUUAAGACUCCAAACAAAAUCUUUCGGUAAGAUAUCACGUAACAUAAACCGAAUAAGGGUAUUCCAGCGAACGUUCCAUAAAAUUAUGGAGCUAUGCAUUCAGAGACAUCUAUGAUAAUUUUAUGGAACGUUCGCUGGAAAGUUCCUCAUUAAGAUUCGAAUACCUCGACCAAGUUACUCCGUUCCAUCUGAUAUUCCUAAGAUUUAUGAUUUUUGCUCAGCCUGGACCAAUUUUUAAGGCCAAGGGCACAUAAACGGAUUUAGAUUUUUUUUUAAAUGCUGCCUCUUUUUGACAACCACAUUAUGCUCUUGUCAAAAAGUGCCAGCACCACAGAAACCUAGAGCAAAAUCAAAAUUUAAAGCUUUUAAACUUUACAUGCGGGUACAUAAUCAUUUGUAUUGUUUAGUUUUUUGUCAAAAGUUUGUGAUUAGGAUUUAAUGUUGUGGUUGGAUGUAUGUAUGUAUGUAAUGUAAAUGAAUCUGUGAACUAUGUUGGGUAUUAAUACUGUUGUCUCUAUAUUACUUUAUACUUAUUGUUGAAAAUAAAGAAAUGAUUUUUG